AUGGACAACUGGCAGGCCACCCAAAACUGGCUCAUCUUUGGUGCCAUCGCCGUCCCGGCCUCAGUCUACUAUGCCUGGCCUUACAUUAAGAAUCACAUGAGCCCGCCCGCUCCUGCACUUACCCACAAACACAGCGAACUUGCGUCGCACGUCCGAAAUGGCGUCGGCAACAGAAAGGCAGAAAGUUCUGGCACCAAAGGCGCUCAAACACCGACACAGAGUGCGGGUGCAGCUACGUCGAGGAAGCGCAAGGCUCCAAGAGAGCAUCAACCAGAGACGGUUGAGCAACCAACAGUGGCUGCGCAGAGUUCAGCAGAUGACUACAAAGAGGACAACAGCAACCGCCAAUUUGCGGAGCGCAUGCUGCAAGCACGAAAGGGUGCAGAUCUCUCCCGGCCGAAGAACCAAGAGCAGCGCACCCGCACGGUGAAGCCAAGCCGCACCGUUGACACGCCGGUCAUUUCUGCUGCUGCAUCUCAAACAGAUGCUGAUGCAGAUGACGACAUGUCACCCGCUGCCUCUCCGGCGCUACGUGCUGGCGAUGUUUCAGACAUGUUGGAGCCGGCUCGCAAGGGUCCAUCUACGCUACGUUUGACCGCACCCACACAGCCGCAGAAGCAGAGAGUUGUGAAGCUGGCUAAGGAGGAGGUUGAAGAGACGAAGAGACAGCGUCAAAACCGGCUGAAGAAGGAGCAAGCCCGACUCGAACGUGAAGCGCAGGAAGCCGAGCGUAAGGGUCUUGAGGAGAAGCAGCGUCGUGCUGCUCGCGAAGCUCGUGGCGAGCCGGCGAAGAACGGUAUCUCGGUGUCGAAGCCACCAGCGACCAACGCAUGGAACGCGAAGCCUACCUCCUCAGGGCUGGGGAAUGCAGCUCCGGUUGUCAAUGGCCAUGCUAAUGGCAUGCUCCUAGACACUUUCGACGCCGAGUCUACCGCAAGCUCCACCGGUGGUAUGGAAGCUAGCACUGCAGCCACCAGCACGACCACCGAGGCCGAACCGGGCACCCGGGAUCACGACCAGCUAUCUGAGGAGGAGCAGAUGGCCAUGGCUCUGAAGCAGAGCGAAGCCGAUUCCGGCUGGAGCGUUGCUCUCCCGAAGAAGCAGCAGAAGAGGAAAGGCUCUGUUGCUGGGUCCACCGGUACCAGCACGCCGAUGGAAUCGAACGGUCCCGUCAAGCCUGCCAGUAAGCCUGCGAAAAACGGUAAAGGCAAUGGCUUCAUGGCGCUCAAUGUCGAGCACAUUACGGACCCUAGCGCCACGAUCACGACCAGUUGGGACCCGUGA